CAUUCUCCUUAGUCUUUUUCAUCAUUUUUGCAACAUGAUAUUUUUCUAACUAAACUAUUCUUGUUCUUGCGAUUUCGCCAUUGGCAUUGUGUUCGUUGUGUUAUUUAGAGAGGUAAUUUAGUGAAUUUGUGUAGUUUGUACGUCAGAGUUGUGUUAGUAUGCAGAUUUUUUCGUUUUACAUGUUUAUAAGUCUUGAAAGUUAAUUCAGUUUUCUGUAUACACAUUAUUUAGUUAAGUUGUUUGAACGAACAAGAGAACAAACUUUAUCUAUCAACUUAAUUUUAGGAAGAACGAAGACCAUGUCGCUGAAGAAGAUUUUGUUGAAAGGGACAACACGGAUGUCACUUCAUGAACGCUUCACCUGCCUGCGUAACCAAAGUGGAGGCGAGUCAUCUGGGUCACAGGUCACCGUGCAGUCAGUACGCCAGGGAUUAUUCAGUGCCAGCCAAGCAGCAUCAGCGAAGAACCGACGUCUAGCACAGAUGAUGGACCGUCGACCCUCAGUUAUUGCGGCUCUCAAAGUUAGAAAGCGGCUCAUGAAGCAGCGGUUGGGCCAAGGGCAGCAGAGGCUGUCCAUUAAGGAUCGUCUAAGUCUACGAGGACGAGGAGGAUUGCGUGGUCGUGUGGGACAGCGCGGACUGACACUAGGCCGAUCUCCACUCACUAGACUGCGUGGUGGCCGUGGCAACAGGCGGCCUGGCAGAGGGAAUCUUAGUCGCAGUCAAAGCCAAACCAAUCUAAUAAGGAGUCAGAGUAUCCAGUCACUGACUGCAAGGCGCAGCCUCAACAGAGGAGGUGGUGAUGGAAUUAUCGUGAGAGGUAGAGGCAGAUUCCAGAAUAGAAACAUAUUCAAUCACCAAGAGUUUCGCAGAGGAGGUCGUGGAAGAGGUUUUCGAACACGUGGAGGUGGAUUCAACAGAAACCAGAAUGAUUUCCAAACCAGAAGGGGAGGUGGAUUCGGUCGCUUCAACAACCGAGGUGUCAGAUCAAGAGGAUUCAGCAGGGGCCGUGGAGGUGGACGUGGCAGAGGAGGGAGGGCUCCUGUCCCAACAAAAGAGGAACUGGAUUCUCAGCUGGACCAAUACAUGGCAGGCUCUCGUGGUGUGCUUGACCGAGAACUUGACUCCUACAUGGCUCAGCAAGAGAGCUGGGAUUAACUCCUUAUCCGUUAAUUUGUAAAUAUACGUUUAUCUGUACAUUUUUUCUACCUUGAGUUUUUUCAAAGUGUGAUACUUCAUACCCUCACUUGAAAAAUGUUUAGAUGUAGAAUUCACCUAUCAUAAUUUUUUGAACUAGAUUUAUCUUAUUUUUUAUUUCCAAUAAACUGUAAAUAAAUCUGUUUUAUUAUA